AUGAUGAGCGCUUCGACUGGCGCCAUGAAUGCCCUACUCGGUAAGCUGGGCAUCCUCAUGGGGGAGGAAUUCUAUAAGUUGAAGAACCUACGAAAGGAGGUGAAGUUCAUUCGUGACGAGCUCUGCAGCAUGAAGGAUAUUCUCGAGAUACUCAUAGAUGCGGAUGAGCUGGAUGCACAGACCAAGAGUUGGAGAGACAUACUGAGGGAGAUGUCCUAUGACAUUGAAGAUAUAAUUGAUGACUUUAUGCAUCAUAUUGGGGAGAAAAUUAAAAAUCGUUGGUUUGCCCACAGGGCGGCUAGACUUCUCAAGAAGUUGAGAGCUCGCUAUCAGAUUGCCAAUCGGAUUAAGGAGAUCAAGGCACUUGUGCUUGAGACAAGUGCACGACGCCAGAGGUACAAAUUUGAUAUCCCCUCUCCAAGAGAUGUGUCUAUUGACCCACGACUUGCCACACUUUAUGAAAACGCAGCUAUCCUUGUUGGUGUCGAAGGGCCAAUGAAUGAGCUUGUUAGUUGGGUAAAUGACAAGGACAAGCAGUUGAAGGUAGCAUCAAUUGUAGGAUUUGGAGGUCUGGGAAAAACCACACUUGCCAAUGAGGUAUACCGUGGUCUAAAGGGUGAUUUCAAUUGUGGUGCAUUUGUCCCAGCGUCACAAAAACCGGAUAUUCCAAAACUUAUUCGCAGUUUGCUAUCCGAACUUGGGAGUGAACCAUCUUUUCAUGCCUGUGAUUUAAAUAUUCUUCUCAACACACUCAGGCAAUAUCUACAACAUAAGAGGUACUUUAUCAUAAUUGAUGAUAUAUGGGAUGUACCGGCAUGGCAUGCCAUUAAAUGUGCUUUCCCAAAAAAUGAUCUUGGCAGUAGAAUAAUAACAACAACAAGAAUUCAGAGUGUGGCUAAGGCAUGUUGCUUGCAUCAUUGUGAUUACAUUUUAAACAUGAAGCCCCUUGGCAAUGAAGACUCGAGGAGAUUGUUUCUUAGUAGGGUAUUUGGCUCGGAAGAAUCUUGCCCUCACCAUCUGAAGGAUGUUUCGGUUGAAAUUCUGCAAAAAUGUGGUGGUUUGCCUCUCGCACUCAUUAGCAUAUCUAGCAUGCUAGCAAGUGAACGUUCUGAGCAAAAGGAAAGGUGGGAGCAUAUACGGGAUUCUUUGGGCUCGGGAACAGAUCUCACUUUGGAAGGAAUGAGACAAAUCUUAAAUCUCAGCUACAGAGACCUUCCUCCUCAUCUCAAGACAUGUUUGUUGUAUCUUGGUAUGUAUCCGGAGGACUACACAAUAGAGAGGUCUAAUUUAGAACGCCAAUGGAUGGCUGAGGGUUUUAUCAGUACAGAAAAUGUGGAAGACAUGGAGAAGACGGCAAGAAAUUAUUUCAAUGAGAUUGUUAAUAGGAACCUUAUUCAACCCAUAGAAUUUGACAAUAGAGGGUCAGUGACACGAUGCAGAGUACAUGAUAUGAUGCUUGAUCUUAUCUUGCUUAAGGCUGCAGAAGAGAAUUUUUUCACUAUAGUUGAUGACCCACAAGCCAAAGUGAAGAUGGAUUACAAGGCUCGUCGGCUAUCUAUCCGCUUGAAUGGUGUAAGUAAUGGUCAAGCAAUAUUACCUAACAACAUUAAUGUGUCACAGGUUCGGUCAGUUAUGUUCUUUGGGAGCUCUCAAAAUACACCUUCUCUAUCACAGUUCAAGUUCCUCCGAGUUAUUUUUAUCGAUCUUGAUUGUGCUGCAGUUGACCUCACUGGAUUGUGUAAUCUAUAUCAGUUGAGGUAUUUAUCGAUUAGUUACUUUUGUUCAUACCAGCUACCGAAACAAAUUAGUGGGCUAAAACAGUUGCAAACACUUGAUCUGGUCAGCUGUUCUAGUGUUCCAUCAGAUAUAGUUUAUUUACCUGGCUUGGUGCAUUUGAAUGUUGAUACAUGGCUGCCAACUGGAAUUGACAACAUGAAAUCCCUACGACAUCUAUCUAGAUUUGGUAUUCUGGUGAACUACCUAGAUAAUGUCAGAGGCCUUGGAGAGCUGACCAAUCUUAGAUACCUAAUUAUCUCAUGUGACGUUCAUUGUGACGAUAUGAAGGAAGUUCGCAUGGAUGCUCUACGCUCUUCUUUGGAAAAACUAUGUAGCCUCGAGUUCCUUUUUGUCAGUCUCACAGGCUGCAUAGACAGCUUGGUGCCCUUAUCUCCUCCCCCUACUCCAUACCGCCUUGAGAAACUCACUGUGUCAUCAAAUUGCUGGUUUUCCAUGGUCCCUGGCUGGAUGGGAGAACUCCGUAACCUGGUCGAGCUACAAUUCACCGUUGAUGAGCUGCUAUGUGAUGGUGUUGGUAUCCUUGCAAAGCUUCCCGUCCUUGCUGAUCUUAGGAUAAAAAUACGACGAUCUAUGAGGGAAAAGGUGAUCAUCUAUGGCAAAGGGGCAUUCCCUGCUAUAAAGCGUUUUGAGCUUCGAAUAAACAGUGCUUCGUACCUGAUCUUCCUGGCUGGUGCAAUGCCCAAACUCCAGCGACUCAAGCUAAUGUUCAAUGCCGAUGGAUCGGAGCAGAAUGGAUCCGCACCUGUUGGCACUGAGCACUUGUUAGCACUUGAAGAAUUGUCUGCAGAAAUCGGCUGCUACUGUUUCACAGAAUCCGAGGAGAUAUUCGCGGAGUUUGCCUUGAUGAAUGCUAUGAACAUGCAUCCAAGCCAUCCUCAUGUUGGAAUAAGGUUGUUGGAUUACAAAUUGGUAUUUUUUGGCGAAUAA